ACAUUGACAGCUACAGUUACAUCCGUUUGUUUCAAAUUGUUUGAUAAAAUAUUAAAAACUGAUAAGAAUGCCGCGCGCAGUUAACUAUAGAACACGUCUUACGUGUUAAGAUAUCGUUAAGUUUUUAAGUAUUUAGUUAUAAUAAUGAGUGUGAAUAGCAAUAAAGUGUUGCAAGUGGUAUUUGGCUGGGAGGCGGUAGAUUUAAUAUUGAAAAGUUUAUUUAUCGGACUGUGGCAAUUAAUAAAGCUCUCGGUGAAAAGGUUAUGGAAAGGACAGAAAAAGAAAUCAUCUAAGGAUUGCGCCGUGGUUGAAUUUACUGUGGAUUCAUCCAUCGGUAUUCAUUGUUACAUUAAAAUCAAGGGUGUUAAAUAUCACUAUGUAGAAACCGGCCCUAAAUACGGCAAGCUAGUUUUAAUUCUCGGCGACGCCCCCGACACACGUAAUUUGUGGGUGCCGAGUUGGUCUUCUGUGGUGAGACGUCUUGCUGAGACCGGCCAUCAUGUAGUGACUCUGGACUUAAGAGGUACUGGAGCAAGUGAGGGCGGAUACAGGAGUGAUCUAUCUCCUCCAAGAGCUGUGGAGGAAAUAACAGCAUUACUAGAAGCCCUCGGAACAUCAGAACAGAACCCAGCUCUGAUGGUCGGCUUUGGAAUCGGUGGUAUGUUAACUUGGUAUGUAGUCCACUGUCAGGGAGUAUUGAUACACAAGUUUGCAGUCAUAUCAGCUCCACAUCCCAACCUGUAUUGGCAACAUCCACCAGCUGAAUUCUGUCAGCAAUCACUCCACUUUAUGCAAUGGCCGUUAUUCCCGGAACGUUGGUUGGCCGAGGGGACCUUGAAAGAAGGUUCCAAAUGGACGAGUUCCAGGGCCAGGGAUUGGAGCGGAGCCCUCAACUAUGUCAGAGGUGCCGCAUGGUAUAGAAUCCAUCCAGAUCAUAAGAUCACAUCCCGAGGACUCUUAAUCGGUUCCAAGGACAGCGCUUCUCAACUCGUUACCAGCGCUCAGUACUGUAACAAUCCAGCGCUCAGAAUGGUCAAGAAACCUGGCCCCGGAGACACAGAAGUAGCUCAAUUAAUUCUUGACUUCUUUGUCGGAAAGCAAAAACUACCAGAGGAGGUGCCCAAAGGUUUAGUGGGACGGGUCCUGGGUGCUGUGGCUGGCCGGGGAAGAGAACUCACUGCCCGUUUAGCGUUACCAGUCAACGCAUGAUGAAAGCUAUGAUGCUCUCAUACAUUCCACAUGAAUAAGAUGCCAUAUAUUAAGUUAUUUGUAAGGUUAUACUUAUUUAUUUAUUUUUUUUAAUACUUUUUAUUGAAAAUCUAUUUUCCUCAUAGCCACUACAGAACGGUUUCCCAUACAAUGAAUCGAGCUAGAAUAUGUUCAGACACAUUGUACUUACAAUAUUUUAUCACACAGGGAUUAGGUUUAUCAAGACUUCAUUAUUUUGCUAUGGAGUGUGUAUAGACAGAGAUUACGGAUACAUCUUAGGGAUAUAUAUCAUGCACAUAUACUACCUAUGUUUAAAAAUUCUUUGUCUGGUCAAAGAUAUUCUUACUGUCUGAUAUAAUAAUAUUCUUGUGUAUAUACAGCAUGUAUUUUCAAUUAUCCACACAAGGUCAACAUCACACAGAGUGCAGCGAUAACAUUAUUUUUACUCCAACAAGAUAAAUAACAUGCACUCACGUUCCUUAUCAUGUAACUAUAUUUUAAGAUAUGUUUAAAAGAUUUAUAGAAUUAAUAUAUAUAUAUAUUAAAUUUUUUAAUUUUUAUUAUUCUUGUAU